AUGGUUAGCUCGCAUCCGUCUCUCGGAUUGAACAAGACACAAAUUGCAAUGGUGAUUGCUAUCCUGGAGAAUCGUCCAAUCGAUGUUCUGAUGCUUGGAGGAUCUCGUGAUUUCGAGGAUGGGGAAGACAAGGAAACCGCUGAGUUCAUUAUCAAUCGUGCUGUGGAGAUUCUCAUGGCGGAAGGAUACGCAGGAGGUCAGGAUUGA